AUGAUCAUUGAGGAGGUUGCUAGGAACUUGGACCAGGAAGCAGCUGGAGAGCUUGUAGCUGAGGAGGAGCAGCUUGAACCUGAGGAAGCUUUGGAGGCUUUGACUAUACCAACUGGUCCAGUUACUAGAUCACAAACUAAGUUGCUCAACCAAGACAUUGGAAGAGUACUUAGCCGUUUGAGUCGGCGAGUUCUUGAAGACAAGCAUUCCACCUUGGUACUAUGGCGGAUGGAAAGGAAGAUGAAGAAGAUUCGAACAAGAGUCUCAGUGAAUCCCUUCUGGAACAAUGAAGAAGCUCAUGAGGGAAGAGUUUGA